UUAUAUGAGAUUACAUUUAAUACACCUUUUUUCAAAUAAAAGAUCAAUUUUUGAAAUCGGUUCACAUUGAUAGAGAAUUAUCCUCGAAAAACCAACGUACGUGCAUUACAUCGCGCAAAUUAGUUAGACAUUUUGCCGAUAGAUGGCGCUGUACACAAUUAUACGUAGUACUUCUGAUCAAAAGUCUUUCACCUUUAUAGUCUACACGAGAUAACUGUUUGUACGGAACCCUCGGUGCGCGAGUAAAGCGAACUCGCUGUAGACCGGUAUUUGUUUAAUUCCGUUAAUUUUAAGGGUGCAUCCCUGAGCUUAAAUUAAGUGACUCUCAAAGACACCGGUGUAUUCUAAUUAGUAAUUAACUCCAUUUUGGAGUUAUUAAUCAAUAAUUUAAUUUUAUCUAACAAGGCCCCUACGAGCGUGUACACUACCUUAGGGCCUGUUUACAUAUGAUUUGUUGUAUUUAUUAGUUUUUAGUAUGAGUUAAUAUGUUUAUACAUUUGCUACUAAACACAAGUAAUAUCUCCGACCAUCGAUGUUCGAAACUAAAAAUAAUUGAUAUUCAUAGGUCAUAGUUUUCAAUUGUUUGGUUGAGUUAAAUACAAUGCCCGUAUUACAGCAACGCUAAUGCAGCAUUAUUACUUUUAUGAAAAAAUUGCAAUAAAAAAAAAAAACGAUGCCAUAUAGUUUCCUUAAAUGUACAUACUUAACCAUACCCGAACUUAACGGAAUUGUAUAAAACACGGUGUAUAUAUAUUUAAAGGCCAACUCAAGAGACAUACUCGUAACCAUAGCAACCCAAUGACAAGAAAAAGUUGAUCCACCCAAGUUAACGCCGUCCUAGCCUAGACGGUCGUGAGCGUGGCCCUGCCUACGAAGCAGGAGAUCCCGGGUUCGAAUACUGAGGAAGACAUGGACGCGGACAUGGAGGGGGCGGGACGGAACAUGCUGGACGACAUGCCGCCCAUCAACUAUGAGGCCCUGCAAGGCGACGUCGGUGCCGGCUGCAACGAUGUCGGAGACAUGACCUUUUGCAUGGGCAACUACGUGUCCGACUUUAUGAAGAUGAUGUUCACCAUGCGCUCACACCACAUGCUCACAGACGUAGUGCUAGAGGUGGGCAGCGAGCUUUUUCACGUUCACAAAGUCGUUCUGGCUGCCGGCAGCCCCUACUUCAAGGCGAUGUUCACAAGCGGUCUGAAAGAGUGCGAGAUGUCACGCGUGCGGUUGCAAGGCGUGUGCCCCUCGGCCAUGGCGUGGCUCGUGUACUUCAUGUACACGGGCAAGGUGCGCAUCACGGAGGUCACCGUGUGCCAGCUGCUGCCUGCCGCGACCAUGUUCCAGAUAUCGAACGUGAUCGAGGCGUGCUGCGCGUUCCUGGAGCGGCAGCUGGGCCCGUCUAACGCCAUCGGCAUCGCCAACUUCGCGGAGCAGCACUGCUGCACCGACCUUAAGCAGAAGGCAAACCAGUUCAUUGAGAGGCAUUUCACGGAGGUCUGCCAAGAGGAGGAAUUCCUUCAACUGACGCCGUCAGAGCUGAUAGCCCUUGUGCGGAAAGACGAGCUAAACGUGCGAGAAGAGUGCGAGGUCUACAAUGCCGUGCUCAGUUGGGUGAUAUAUGACGAAGACCGGCGACACCCGCGCAUGGAGCACAUCCUCCAGGCCGUGCGCUGCCAGUACCUCACACCUAGCUUCCUCAAGGAGCAGAUGAGCUCGUGUUCUGUACUGCAGAAAGUGCCCGCCUGUCGGGAGUACCUUGCGAAGAUAUUUCAGGAUCUGACAUUACACAAGAAGCCAGUGGUAAAGGAACGGCGGCCGAACACACCGCGCAUCAUCUACGUCGCAGGGGGUUACUACCGGCACUCCAUCGACGUUUUCGAGGCAUUCAAUCUGGACGAUGGUUGCUGGACGACACUGCCGCGGCUAACGGUGCCGCGCUCUGGGCUCGGCGCGGCCUUUCUAAAGGGGCUGUUCUACGCGGUAGGCGGUCGGAACACGUCGCCAGGGUCGUCGUACGACAGCGACUGGGUGGACGUGUACAACCCCGCCAACGAGCACUGGCGGCCCUGCAGCCCCAUGUCCACGCCCCGGCACAGGGUGGGAGUAGCGGUAAUGGACGGACUAUUGUACGCGGUCGGAGGAUCGGCGGGCUCAGAAUAUCACAAGUCUGUAGAAUGCUACGACCCCGAGAAAGACGUAUGGUCGACGGUGGCGCCGAUGGCGUGCGCGCGGCUCGGCGUCGGCGUGGCCGUCGUCAACCGCCUGCUGUACGCCGUCGGCGGCUUCGACGGCGCGCGCCGCGUGCGCAGCGCCGAGUGCUACCACCCCGAGAACGACCGCUGGUCCGACGUCGCGCCCAUGCAGCAGGCCCGGAGCGGCGCCGGUGUGGCGGCGCUAGGACAGUACAUCUAUGUAGUAGGCGGCUACGACGGCUCGCAGCAGCUGGCGUCGGUGGAGCGCUACGACACGGAGCGUGACGUGUGGGAGCCCGUCGCGCCCGUGCGCAUCGCGCGCUCUGCGCUGUCGCUCACCGUGCUCGACAACCGGCUGUACGCCAUGGGUGGCUACGACGGCACAUCCUUCCUCGAUAUCGUGGAAGUGUACGAGCCGAGCACGAACGCGUGGUCGGCGGGCACGCCGCUCACGUCGCUGCGCUCGGGCCACGCCUCCGCCGUGUGCUACCAGCGCGUGGCCUGCUCCGACCUGCCCGAGCCCGUGCCCGACCCCGCACGACGACCGCAACCCGCCACCAGCUCUCAAGACAUACCCAUGGCCAAUAACAUCAUAGGAACUUUAUCGAAUAAUAACUGUAGAGGUUGCUUAUAGCAGCAGUGAACGUGUGAGACGCGCGAGGCAGCUAACGAGUCAUUUGCACUCAGUAAUCUAAGAGUACCGUGGCUUAAAAUAGCACAAUCUCAAUUCCUAAGUAAGGUUAAGAGUGAGAAAGACUGCGUUUGCGUAUCAGUGCAACUAGCGCCGCGAGAAAUCUUACGGAUCAUAAUAUUGAUCGAAUGAAAUUAAAUUUCCCGGACUAUUACGCGUAUGUUAUUGUGUGCAGUGUGGUUGAGAACUAGAAGAUGUAUACAGGAAAUGCGAUCCAAUUUAUGCCUAUUAUAAUAGUUGAAUUAUAAGUAAUUUCUUCGUCUCUGGAUGACACCGUGCGUUGCAUACAGCGUCAGUGUACUCUACGUUAUGGAGACGAUGCCAAAGUUUUAUUACAGUCGGCGAUAAAAAAAAGUAUAAGAACUGAUUUUGGAAACGAUUCGAUGUUUUACGUUUCGUGAUAUUUUCAAUCUUGUGACAUACGCGUACUUUAUCAUACAUUCAUUAUCGUGACAGUUAAUAGAAUUAAGUCGAUUUGGACCUUGAAAAUGUAUUUCUGUUUAUUUAUAGCCAGAUAUUAAGAGCCCGGCAACGAUUUUAGAGCAAAAAUAUGAAAUUGAUAGAUUUAGUCGUUGAAAGUAUACACCUUUAGUUACAUAAUAUCUAAAUAACAAUUAUUGGUUUCUAUUAGCAUGUCUUCUCAUCUUGCCUUCAGUUUUUAAAAAUUCAUCAAUAAAUUAUGGUGGUAAAUGAUGUAUAAAAACAGUGUAGCAAAUGUUAUAGAUUGUUUAAGUAUCAAAAUUACGUUGAUAUUAAGUCGUUUGUCAGAUAUAUUAUCACUUGUUUUGAAGUAAUUUCUGGAGAACACUGAUUACGUCUAACUUUCAUUUACACUACUUCAAAUUUAUAAUAACAAAAAUGUAGUCUAUUAAAGUUGAAGUACAAGAUGUGUAAGACAAAAUUACCAUUUUUAACAGUCCAAAUUUUACGAAAAUUACAAAUAAGAGCUUUAAAAAAAAAACAUUACUAUUUAAGUCUGUUUAAAAAAAAAAUAUAAGUAUAUUAAAAUGAAAGAUAACAAGAUGUGCUAUAAUAGUUAACAAAAGGUGUACAAUUUCAUCGACUAAAUCUAUCAAUUGGGUGCUUGACACAUGUUGAAUAUUUUAAUAAAAUUUAGCUAAAUGGAUAGCAAAUGGGCUAUCCAUUAUAAAAAAAAAGUGGAAUUUAGGUGAGAGUCAGAAUGGCGGGUGUACCUAAAUAAAAUCAAAUGAAAAGCAUACCAUAUUUUUGUACCUAAUUUGUACUAUUUAGUACCUCGUUUAAAAAAAAUUGUACCUCACGGUACGUAAAGUUAUGAUCAAAAAACAGGUCACCCGCCAUCCUGACAGUCAGAAUGGCGGGUGUACUUUAUUACGCUAUGUUCCCGUGGUUAUUGAUAAAUUCUAUAAAAGCCAAAUUUUUGUACCUUUUUUGUACCUUCUUAUUCAAUUAUAAUAUGAGUCAUUUUAUUUGUGCUUUCCAAGUUUUACUCAUUUUAUAUUUUGCUUGCUAUUACAAUUUUGCAGGCGUUAUAAUUUUUCAAGUUAUCGAUUUAAUUUUUAAGAAAAAACGCUAAGGUACAAUUAUUUUUAUUACGCCAGGAUUUAGUACCUUUAAUGUUUAAUCUGUUAAGUUCAAAUAACUCAGAAAAUCAUGUCUUAAAAAUGAUCUUUCUUAGGAAGAUUUCUUUGAAUUAGCGCCUAGCCUUUUUUAAGACACGAUUUACUGAGUUAUUUGAACUUAACAGAUUAAACAUUAAAGGUACUAAAUCCUGGCGUAAUAAAAAUAAUUGUACCUUAGCGUUUUUUCUUAAAAAUGAAAUCGAUAAUUUGAAAAAUUAUAACGCCUGCAAAAUUGUAAUAGCAAGCAAAAUAUAAAAUGAGUAAAACUUGGAAACCAAAAAUAAAAUGACUCGUAUUAUAAUUGAAUAUGAAGGUACCAAACGGGUACAAAAAUUUGGCUUUUAUAGAAUUUAUCAAUAACCACGGGAACAUAGCGUAAUAAAGUACACCCGCCAUUCUGACUGUCAGGAUGGCGGGUGACCUGUUUUUUGGUGAUAACUUUAAGUACCGUGAGGUACAAUUUUUUUUAAAGGAGGGACUAAAUAGUACAAAUUAGGUACAAAAAUAUGGUAUGGUUUUCAUUUAAUUUUAUUUAGGUACACCCGCCAUUCUGACUCUCACGAAUUUAGGGCCUCCGCUAGCUGACGCGGAUUAUCCGGAAUGGACGCCCGAUGAAAUUGUAUGAACAGCGCUAACUGGCGCGGGCGCGUGCGACGGAUUUCGCCUGGGAGCAGGACCCGCGAGCGUGCGCACGCGGCGGGUGUUCGCGUCAGCUAGCGGAGGCCCUUAAAAACAAAUAUUGAGAUUAUAAAAAAAAAUACAAGGCACCAGUCUCAAAAAAAAAUUUUUUUAACUUUCAAAAAGGAAAGAGAAAAUGGUACCAUUCGAUUCCUUGCAUUUUAUAGAAAAAUAAAUUGUACAACAACUAUAUACAUAAACGCAAUAUUUCAGGGUCAAAAUAGCAAUUUUCUUAAUCUUCCAUACAUUUAGGACAGGGACUUUUAGGUUAGGGACAGACAGAGAAUGUAAUGUAACGUCACAUUACAAUAUCAUUUUGUUAGAGGAGUUUCAAUCGUCAAAUGCGAGCGUCAAACUUUAACUCUCAUUUCUGACCUUUGUGUUGCUUAAAUGUUAUGAAUCCUAUAUAGACAUUUUGAUCCUCAGGAAAAUCAAGAUCGAUUGACAUUAUUUACAAAAAAACUGUCAAGUAGCCAAUUUGACAUUUUUGCGACUAAAAUCGAUAACGGCCUCUUAAUAUUAACCUGGACAGUUAUUUGUUAUAUCUAUAUGUUCAAUGUGAUAAUGUAAACAUGUAUAUUAUUUUUAAGGGCUCUUUGUAAGGAAAGCAAAGACUGUUAUGGGAAUAAAAGAUUGAAUAUUUGAAUAA